CGGGGGAUAAAACACGUACAUUGGAGUGUGUACGUGCGUUUCCUUUUUCCCUCUCAUCUCACAUCGCACUCUCUUCAUCAAUCGCCGCUCACUUCAUCAAAGCAGCAAGCAUGUCGCUCAUCAAUCGCCCCAACCCCGUCCCUCACCUUCAGCGUCUCUACCAGACCAAUACCCAUGUCCCAAUUUACCUCAAGAAGGGCGGAGACAAGUUCGUGAUGACCGCCUUUGUCGGAUUGAUGGCUGUUGGUCUUACUGGAAGCUUGUACGGAGCCACAAAAAUGGCUAGAGGAGUCAAGAACUAGAAACACUCCUCCAAUUGAAGAACACAAAUAAAUGGACAAUGUCUUUACUCGCGCAUGUCCUAAAACAAUUGACAACGGGA